AUGGCUGCUCCAGUGUUUGUGUUUAAAGGGGAGCUGUUGCAUCAGGCAGCUAUCUAUGAUCAGCAUGACUUGCUGAAGUCUCUUCUGAUGGCCGGUGUCCAUGGAGAAGCCAACAGUCUUGAUCCUCGUGGGUUGACACCUCUUCAUACUGCUGCACUGCAUGACAGUGUUGGUUGUCUGGUAGAGUUAUUGGAAUGGAUAGGUAACUUGACAAAAGCAAGUGAGGAUGUGUAAAUGUUUGAGACCAAACAACUAAUAUUUUGCAGCGUUGUAAAUAUUUUCAACUUAGGGGUGGGAGUUGAUUGUGUUUAUUAGUUUAUUUGGGCUAUACUGGGGGACAUGAUCUGUUGAGAAAAUUUGUUUUCAGAAGUUCUUUUUAUCAAUGCGGUAAUAGUGGUGUCCAGAACAAUAUACUAAGGGGGAUGGGAGGGAGGAAAAGUGUGAAAUACCAGCCUGGAUGGAAAAUAAGAAUAUACUAUGUUGUUAUGCUUAAAUUUAUCAAUAUUUUGUUUUACAGAAGACAUAAACAUUCAGUCUGCUCCAGAGGAUAACUGUUCCGUAAGUGUUUGGUACACCAUACAUAAUGUCUAAUUUUCUUUGUCUGAAAUUUUUCAAUACAGCUAGUAUUAUCCUUUCAGGAUAAUGGCAAAGGGAGAAUUUUUGGAGUUAACUCUCUUAGAUCCUUAUUCCUUAUCAAAGACUUAGGAACUAACAAGUCAUGGUUCUCAGAUGGCAAACAAAGAUUGAAACACACAACUUUUAUAAUUUGCAAGAUCAUUUAACUUUUGGGGAGUUUAUAUUUCCAUUAAAUCUGUGGAACUUAUGAUCAGUAUAAGGUGAACAAAUAUAGUCCCCUAACUUAGUAAUAAGUAUCCCGUAUGGGAGACAUGAUGGAGGACUAGUAAGUGUUGAGAUAGUCUGGGUUCUAGCCAUGGUUGGGUCUCUCUGUUAUAUUCUUUGGCAGUACACCUCUAAUAACUCUUACAUAGCCUCUUUUCACCUAGGAGAAUACCAGUAACUGCAAUCAGCAUCAAAAUUAGUUGACUUAUAGAGUUCAAACAGUCCCUUUUUAUGUAUGGAAUACUGGUAACACUUCUAUUUGUACCUUUCUAUAAAUCAUUGACAAUACUCCCUUCCCCCAUUUAAUGUUGCCUGUUUGUAAUGAUCAUAGAAUCACGAUGCAGUAUUGUUUUGGGUGGAGGGGAGGGGGGGCCAUCAGGUUAACUUUGCAAGGACAAAAAAAGAUGAAAAUGAAGUAUAAGGGGAAGGAAAAGGUUAAAGUGUCAAAAACUUUGUCACUGAUUGUGGGAUGAAUAUGAGGGACACUUGACAAAAUGCCAGGGUGACCUGUAAUGGAGCGAUGGAGUGCCAUCCCUUUUGUGAGUUUGGGUGCAGGGAGCAGCAUUACACUUACUCGCUCUGAAAUUCAUAAGGAUUUUUUUGGUUGAAGUCAAUACUCAUUUAAACUGAACAUUUGAUUGACAGACUGCCCUUCAUCAUGCUGCCCGAAAUGGCCAUCUCCGUUGUCUUAAAGUUCUCAUUGACGCAGGGGCGAGAGUUGAUAUCAAGAACAAAGAUGGCAAAACAGCAAUGCAGAUAGCAUUUGAAAUGGGGGAAAUUGACUGUGGCAACUACCUAAGGACUAUGGAAGGUAUCUUAUCAUAAAAAAAAGCCUUAUGAAUCAGGAUUCCCUCUAUGAUUUUUGCCUUUGAGUAAGCCAAACCAUAAAAAUUUUAAUAGAAGGUCUCCCUUAAUACUGUCUGCUAUACACUUCUUAUAAUUUUAGGUUGAUAAUUGGGGUGUUGAAUCUUGGAAAAUAUGGCUUAGUUUAUCUUUAAUUUAUCACCAUUUUGCUCAACAAUAUAUUGAUAUGAUGAAGAGAAACUCCUUUUUAGUCACUCAUGCGGAAGUAAGUGUUGAUCAUAAAUAUUGUUUGAUUAUGUUUGAAUUCAGAUGUAUUUGACUUGAGAAAACUGGUAAGCUGUUUUGCUGAAAUUUUUGUGGCUUAAAACUCUGUAAUUUGUAUUUUUUAAGUUUGUUUUUAAGAAUCAAAUUGUUUUAGAUAUCUUUUAUAAAUGCCAGGUCAAUUGUUGAGACAAAAACCAUUGUGCUUCAUUAACUAUUUUACAAUGUUGGGCAUUUUAUUAUAAACGAUAACUGUUUUGUGUUUUAAUUCAAGCCAUCAAGAAAGCAGCACGAGAGGAAGAAAUAUCCCAAGGUGCAUGGAAUUAUUUACUCUAACUCUCUUCAGUUAUUUUAGUGUUAUGAAUGUAAAUCAUUUAUUUAUGAUGACAUUUACAUAACCGGCAAACCAAACAGUCUGACGUACAUAGUAUACAUAAUGUAGAAACUAGCCAUUCACAAAGAAUAACCAGUACUUGAGUGUAACAACUUAUAGUCUCACAGCAAAAGCAACCAACAAGUUUUAAGGAUCCAGACUUAUAUUAUAUCACAUUUCUGAACCAAGCAAUGGCCAAGCUGACAGUGAUUGCAAAUAAUUAUGUCAACCUGUUACCUACUUAAUAAUAUACAUGAAAAAAUUACAUGUGCCAGAUUGGCUGAAAACAAGUGCAUUCUCAUGUAACACAAGUGCAAAUUACAAGUAGUGCAUGCAUGCAUUAAAAAUUUUGUCUGUCUUGACUUUUUGCGAUUUUUUUUUCAAGUACAUUCUUAAUAAGUAAUGACAUGAUUUCUCUUGCAAUUUGCUGAACCACAUGUAAAUUUUUCAAAUACUACAAAUUGCACUCACCCAAGGGGCUUGUGCAAUUUUGUUGUCUUUGUAAAUAUUUAAGCGUGCUUAUUUACACCAAAUUGCAGAGAAAUCAUGUUCUUUCCUAUACAAAUUAGUUGCUUAUAUUGAUUCAUUCUGUUUUUUGUUGUGAGGUAAUGUAAGUUUACAGGCAUCAAUGAUUAUUAUUUGGUUUCCUCACCAUUCAUUGUUAUUUCUUAUAAUUAAUGGUUGUAAAUUAACAGUUACAUAUAAUGGAAAAAUGAUGUGAAACAAAGAAAUGAAUGAAUAAUUAAGUCUUGUCAUUGCUGUCAAAUGACAUUUUAACAUUUAUAACAUGGGAUGCCUGUGGCAGACCAUGUUAAAAAUGUGCUUGAGUGUCUGCUAUGAGAAUUAGCCACUUGCUUGUGCCUUACACAGAAGUUAAGCUCUAUUGGUGAGAGCUACUAUUAGGAUGGGUGACCUUACACCUCCAGGUGUCUUGUUAACUAAUAUUAGCUCUUGCCUCUUUGUUUAUAAUUUUUUCACCAGAACUCUAUCGCUGUUGUGCUACUGGUGAUUUACCAAGGGUGAAAGAGCUUUUAGAAGAAGCAAGUACAACAACAAUCAACAAGUUGUACCAAGGAGGAAGCACAAUUCUUUACAAGUAUACAAGAAAUUUGAAAUUUGCUGUUCUCAAUGUCUUUCAAAUACAGUUUAAGCUAUUAAAAAGGGCUUAACCAUCACAUGUGGCCAGGAUUUAGGAAAAAAAUAGAUAUGGCCCUGUUCAAUUAACCCUUUAACUCCCAAGAUUUCAUUAGUAAUUCUCCUUACUGUCUCCUAUACAAUUCUUGUGAUGUCAGUGUGGAGAAUUUGGUAUUGGAUCAACUUAUAAUCUCCUAACUGAUAUUUUUCUUUAUUCUCAUUACUUGUCUCCUUGAUAUUGUAUUGAUAUUGUAAGGAGAAAUUAUGUCUUGGUCACUCAUGGGAGUUAAAGGGUUAAGUGCCCCUUGAGCAAGGUGUACCCUCACCCUGUACUUUUCUGAAUUUAAAAGUUUAAGUGCACUGCGAAAAUUAGAGAGGAUUAACAUUUUGUCAAUUUCUCAAAUGCAAUUUUUCUUUUUUUGAGUUCAUGAAGACAUUAGAAAUGUUUGAAUUCACCAGGGCUUGUCAAGGUGGUCAUCUUGAAAUUGUGAAGCUUCUUCUGAGUAGAGGUGCAGAUGGUUCACCGAACACAAUAACAGGACUUGCACCAUUGUAUGCUGCCACUCAGAGUGGAAACGAUGAGGUGGUGAGACUAAUAGUGCAGAAGUUUCCACACCUAAUCAAUAUCCCAAGCAAAAUGGAUAAGUCAACAGCUCUUCAUGUGGCUGCAGGUGAAGGCAGUGAUGAGAUCAUUAAGAGCAUCCUGCAAGUUCCCAGGUAAAUGUGAACCCUUUGCAUCUUCACAUCAGUAUUUAUAUUCUCCAUACUGUUCUCUAAACAUUUUUAAGGUGCUGACAAGGAGAGUUUGUUCAACAAUCAGGAGCUUCUACAGUUUAUGAUCAUUUCCUUUAUUCUUGCGACCUUAAUGCGUGGUUGAGGGGUAAUAUUGGACAGAGAAAUUGGAUGCUAAUCACACUGAAGGUGAAAAUACAGUUAAAAAUGUCGGCCAUGCAUAAGUUAGAAGAGCAGCAUUCAAGGGGAAAUGGGAAACAACUGUGAAGUAUUAACUUUGCUGUGUCUCUCAAGCAAGACACUAAACUCUUUCAGUGCCCUCUCAUUCUUGGGGUUAUACAAUGAUUUCUAAAAAAUUUUAAGGUAUGCUUGUUUAAGUUCAGGAAGGGAUUGGGGUGGGUAACCUGCAAUGGACUCGCAUUCUGUCCAAGUGGAGUCACAGUACUUUGAGCCGCUUCAUGUUUCAGAAACGGUUAAGCUUUGAUAAUGAUGCGUUAGGAGUUUCACAUACUUCCCUUUUCUUUUUUCGUGUUUCUAGGGAUGGUGAAGAGUUGGCACCUUGCAAUAAAAUUGACAUGAGUGUUCGGACAUCAAAUGGGAUGACUGCCCUUCAUCUCGCUGCCCAAGGAGGCUUUGUGAGAGCUCUCGAGCAACUUUUAGAUUGCCGCCAUAAGUGGUGGGUAAAUAGCUUUUUCUUAACAUUUAGAGCAAUUGUCAUAUAAGUGUCGAAAAUAAUUCGGGUUUGCAUUGGCUUUUCUUUACUUCUCCCUGUGAUUGGUUUAGAAAAUACGCCCUACCCUUUCCACCAGUCAGAUGGAAAACUAGAACCGGUCACGUCUUGGUCACCAACGUGUUCUCGUGCUGUAGGUAGAUUGGUUGUUAUUACUUUGAGUUCUCGUGGGCUUUUUAGGGUACCGGUAUUUUACUUUCCUCGGACUGGUCGUUGUGAUUUUUUUUUAGUUAACGACACGCAAUCGAAAAGCGCUCUAUUCUCCUUUGAACUGAUAGUAGUGUGAUCUUUUCUGAUUUGUUUGAAGACCGAUGUUUAUUAUUGGUUAAGUUUGUUUAGAUUCAUGUGAUAUUCACAAUAGUUAGUUGAUUAUUGAUAAUUAGGGCAGUUUCAAAUGGGUGGCGAAAAUCAAAAGCAAAGUAAUCGCAGCCAAGGACUCCUUUUUUCCUUUACCUUUGUCUGUUGUUGCUUUAGAAAACUCACGCCAUAUUUAUAACAAAUCAGAUGCAAUAUUAAAACCAAGCCUCGACUCGGUUUUCCCGCGCUUUCGUCCAUUUGCUUGUGUUUUCCCGCGUGUUCAUACUGGUCCAUAUUCUGAUAAGCGGUUCUGACUAUUUUUUAUUUACAGUGUAAUGUUAUUGUUGUUUCUUAAUGAGACGUUCUCCGCAUGGCGUCUGCCAAAAAGAGUUCUUACGCUCGAGGUAGGGAUUAAUUUGUUUUGAUAUGCUAAUGAUCCUUUUUCUGCCCUUGUAGCGCUGGGCCGUGCGAAGCCAUCUUGACAGUGUCUGUGAAUGCUACAGAUAUUAUGGGGCAGACUGCACUGCAAGGCGCGGUCACUGUUGGAUACAGAGAUGUUGUCAAACUGCUCCUAAAACAUGGUGCCGAUGUUAACCUAUGUCAGUCUAACGCGGAAAGUUUUCACGGGGAGAGUGACAGCGCUACUGCUGCUGCCUCAGUUGCUAAUUCUUUGACUGGUAGACGCUCUCCUCUUGAGAUUGCUUGUUCUCAAGAAGACCUGGAAAUGGUAGAGAUACUGUUAAGCAACGGAGCAGAGGAUGUUGACCACAAAAUCUUGAAUUCAGCGAUUAUGGCUGAUAGCACAGAGGUCACAACGAUCCUGCUUCAACAAGGUAUGCUAUAAGACGAGUUGAAAGUUGGGACGAACAAGGUUACAUUUCUGCUGAGUAGUAUACACGAUUUAUCAGCGAACUUUCAGGAAAAUCUGCUGGGAGGGAGGGAUAAUCUGCAAUAAACUAGCAUACCAUCAAGGAAGAGUGGCGGUAGCUUCUCACCCUAUGAAAUAGAACCUGGAUAAGUUUAGUGGGAUGAAACACUUGGCUCAAGAACUAACGAGUUUUCUUCGUUCGUUACGGGUUCUUCCUUAAGUGAAGUACUUUUCAUCAAAGUUUUUUUUUCUUUUCGUAUCUAAAGGUGCCCAAGUUGACCAAGAGCAUACGCUGCACCCAUCCAGAACAAGCAACAGUCCUGAAGAAUUGUGGCGUUUGUCAGCAGUGCCUAUUUGUUUACUUUGGAAUAACAUGAAACUGACAAAACUUGAACAGCAGUGGAUUUUAACGGCCGCAAGUAAAAUCAAUCCAUACGAUGGAGAUUUCGCCGGACCACACCCUUCCCUAAAAACUAUCACACGAGUUGAUAUUUCGGGCAACAAACUGUCAAAGCUUCCUAUUGUGUUGUUUCAAAUGGCUGCGUUAAAGACCCUUAACGCAUCGGAAAAUGCAAUCACCUGUUUACCAUGUCUGUGGCUCGGAGGAAAGAAAGAGAAAAAGACGAAAGCUAGUAGUUUAAAGGUUGGGAAGAAAGCCUACAGCUCGUGCGAGGACAUUUUGGAGAAUCUUGUUUUUGAAGAAAGUGUGCAGGACUUCAGCUAUGCCGAAUCUGGUUGGAACUGUCCACACCUUGAAGACAUUGAGUUACAUCACAAUUCCUUAGCAGACUUGCCAACGUGUCUUUUUGAAUUGCCGGUGUUGAAGUAUUUGAACGUUUCGUCCAACGAUGUUCAGACACUCCCGUUUGAAAUGUGGACUUCUCCCGCGUUAAAAUCGCUAGAUCUGAAAGGAAAUUGGGUGAGGAAGUUGCCGGUAAUGAAGACAAGACGCGCUAGAGCUGGAACCGGAAAUAGUAAAACAUCAAGUCUACCUCGUGCUAAAGUGCUGUCUCUAAGCAAAGACAAUCUACCAAGUGACCUCAGGUGAGACUGAUAAGUCUUGACGACUUUCUAAAGUCGCUCAUUCCGACCUAGUGUCGCAGGAAGCCAAAACCAAAACAAUCAGAACGACUAACCAAACACCGAAAAUGUCACGAGUAUCAAUGACUACUUACAGUAGAAACAAGCAAACUGCCUAAAGUGCUGGAAAGCGCACACGCGUCGCAAUCGGCUCCCUUUUGCAUCUGAUUGGAUGAUAGGAUGGGGCGAGUUUUCUGUUGCAUCUGAUUGGAUGAUAAGAUGGGGCGAGUUUUCUGUUGCAUCUGAUUGGGUGAUAAGAUAGGGCAAGUUUUUUGUUGCAUCUGAUUGGGUAAUAUGAUAGGGGAGAUUUUUCUGUUGCGUCUGAUUGGGUGAUAAGACAGGGCGAGUUUUCUGUUGCAUCUGAUUGGGUGAUAAGAUGGGGCGAGUUUCCCGUACCUAAAGUAAAACCAAUUCUUUUCCAGAAUUACUUUCGCCAUUCAAUCAAAAAUUUCUCGGAAGGAAAAGUUGAUUUGCACUUGCAUCUCACCUUUUCUUUUGACACUGAGGAUGGCGUUCUAAACUGCUGAUCCCUUACUUACUCCAUUGUAGCUUUUUGUAAACGUACUCAACGAUUAGAUUAUGAGCUCAACAUUCUUCUCCUGUGUUAGUGAUAGUUAGGUGAACCUUUUAUCUGAAGGUUUAUUUUUGAGGACAGUGUCGAGAGGGCCGAAAGCUAAUUGUGGCAAACAUUUAUUUUUAUAAAAUCAACCCUCUUACAUAGAAUCCCUGAGGCCCACUACUUGCGCACAACCGCGGUUUGGGUUAGACCUCGUGUAAAUAUCGGGCGCUUUAGGUUUUCCCGAUCUGAGACAAGUCAGUGGAAUGUGUAUGUUUGUUUAUCGAUUCGUUUACCUUUGUUUUUGACAGCCAUAUGAGGCCAUCGUUAGCGUCAAGCCCACCACAUCAAAGUGCUGAAGUUAACGGCAAACAGAACCACCCUUUGAAAAUGUUCCAUCAUAGUCAGCUAUGGGGAACAAGGCAUGGAGAUGAAAUCGAGGACUCUGACUCAGAGGAAGAAGACAUCGAUCUCUCAAAAGGAGCCUCUCUUCAAAAACUUGAUUUGUCGGCGAACCAAAUCGUAAAGAUUCCUCUGGGUCUGUCGUGCCUAGCAACGAAUCUCGUGACGCUGAUUUUAUCAAAUAACAACAUUUCUGAUGUUCCAUCGCUCGCUCUGUUUCCAACAUCACUCGGAACGUUGGAUUUAUCGCAUAAUAACUUGACGCGGUUCCAUCCCAUAGCGGAUAAUUUCUUGCAUAAAAAUGCGACGGAAAGUCGGUGUUACAGUGUUGUUGAAGGCCAAAAACCAGGCAUGCGCCGAAGGAUCAGUGCGGAGAAUGGACUCCAAGCGGGCAGAGCAAGACUCUGUCGGCAUGCAAAACAUAGAGCUCUACCGAAUCUGAAGCGUCUCGACCUAAACAACAACAGACUUGAAGAAAUUCACUUCACGCUUCCUCGGACUCGCCCCGCUUCGGUAGCGUCCGUCUCAGACCCUACACCGGUGAAUUCAAAAGGUCCAAGUGUACUGUUCCCUAUCUUACAGUCUCUAACGCUCAGCAACAAUGAAUUAUGGAGUCUUCCAAAGGAUGUAGGAGUCUUAUCGAAGCUUGGCUCGCUGCAUGUGAGUAAUACAAAAAUUACCCGUCUACCUCCCGAGGUCGGAUUGCUUUCAGAGCUGUGGGAUCUACAGUUUCAGGGUCUGCAGCUGCAGGAUAUCGAGCCGAGUGUGCUGGAGAGGAAGAAGACGAAAGAUAUUGUAGGAUAUUUGAGAUCAGUUUUAGAAAGGUACGCAGUGUUAAUGAGCUUGAUGCUGUUCUACUGGAGCAGUUUUCAAUUGAGUGUCAAAAUGCGAAGUGCUGAUGUAACCACAACGGCCAGUCAGAACGAAGGUUGACAUUAUCACGAGCCAAUGAAAACUCAAAUUUAAAGCAGGCAAACUGCCAAGAGCGCGGGAAAACGCGAGUGACCAAGUCGCGACUGGUUUUAACAUCUUGCAUUUGAUUGGUUGAGUAGAAAGCGCGAGUUUUCUAGAUCAAUCACGGAGUAAAGUGAGGCAAAACCGAUGCAAUCCCGGAUCAACCUUGAUGCCCGAUUGAAAUUGCCAUGAAAGAGAAAUGUUUUUAAUCUUACUUUUCUUGCGUUUGUUUGUCUGCCGUAGAUCUGAGCCGCACCCGAGCAUGAAACUGAUGUUUGUUGGCGUUGCAAACAUCGGAAAGACCACGCUUUUGAGCCAACUGAGGCAGGAGGGGACGGGAAGUUACCAAAACUCACCCCCUGUGGGGUGGACAGAGAGGAAGUACAAGAAAAAGAGGACUGCAUCUACAAUUGGUGAGUGAAAGACCGUGAAGUUUGUUGCAGCGAAGCUAACUUAACCCUUCAAUCCCUAACAUCAGAAAGCAUAUUCUCCUUACUGUUUCUAGACAUUUCCUCUGGUAUCGACAAUGAGAAUUUAUUUAACAAUCAAGAGCUUCUUUAGUUGGUGAUCAUUUCCUUUAUUCUCGUGGCCCUAAUGAGUGAUUCAGGGGUGACAUUGUAAGGAGAAAUUAGAUGCUAGUCACUCUUGGGGGUUAGAGGGUUAUACCUCAUGCCAUUGUCUAUUUGUGAACCUCUUCUGCAAAUAUUUCCUCUUUACCUUAUUAGGUCGUACCAAGAAAGCAGAGGUGAACAUCUCUACUGUUGGCGUGGAUGUAUGUGAUUGGAUUUAUCCAAAGAAAACAGAUUUUGCCUUCGGACGAGCAGACAAUAGACCCAGCAUUAAAUUCAGCACCUGGGACUUUGGUGGACAGGUGAGAUCAGAUGGAAGUGUAUAAGCUUCAUAGGGUUGUAUAUUCUCCCCCUAAUCCUGUAACUCCCAUAAGUGAUCAGGAAAUAAUUUCUCCUUACAAUAUCGAUACACUAUCAGACACACAAGUGAUGGGAAUGAAGAAAAAUAUCAAAUAGGGGAUUAUUAGGUGAUCCAAUACCAAAUUCUCCAACCUGAUAUCUUGAGAGUUGUACGGCAAAAAGCUAGGAGAAUUACUAAUUAGAUCUUGGGAGCAAAAGGGUUCAGAAUUAAGAAGCAAUUAGACAAACAUUCAAACAGAACUUCAAAACGUAAUUGCUCAGACUCGGUCAAGUUAGGAAACUUCAUGGCGUCCUUAUAUUCAGAAGUAGAGAAAACAGUUUUAAGAACGGCCUUUGAGUUACAGAGCUAACAAGAAAGCCCAAAAAAAGUGAAACGCCAGUGCGACUGUCGGAAGCGGCAGCUCUCUGUCUGAGAUACGUAGUGUAACGGUUAUAGCGCUUCACCUUAAUCCGCUCGAAACAUGUUGCAUACUGCACUCUUUCGCGCUGAAAGAGAAGAAAAGCACUUUCCUUGUCAAAGAUUUUUUCCUACGUUUUCGCGGGCCUUUUCAAAGUUAGAAGGUGAGCUUCCUCUCGAGCGGCGACCUUAAUAGAACUCUGCUUUUGACACAACACUGACCCUAUCGGGCUACCAUUAGAGUUAAAAAAAAAACCAUUUUGUUAAAUGCGGAUCUCUUUAAAUCUUACAGCGCGAGUAUUACGCUACUCAUCAGUGUUUCCUGUCUCAUCGUUCGCUGUACAUUGCCAUGUGGAAGGUUACAGACGGCGAACAGGGCGUCAAUCAAAUUGAACCUUGGUUGCUGAAUAUCCAGGUGCGUUUUCCGAAACUGAAUUCCGUAGAAUUUCUCUAAAUUUUAACUUCAAAGGGUGCUUCCUUUACCCAUCUAACUCCCAUUAGUGACCAAGAAAGAAUUUCUCCUCACAACAUCGAUACAAAAUCAAGAAGAUAAGUGAUGAGAACAAAGGAAAAUAUAAAUUAGAGGAUUAGUAGUUGAUCCAAUACCAAAUUCUCCCAUAUAUAUAUACAUCAUAGGAAUUGUAUGACAGAUAGCGAGGAGAAUUACCAAUAAUAUACAUGAGUGAAAGGGUUCAAAUUUAGCCGCAUUUUCUGUAGCACAAAGCGACAAGUGAUAUUGUUUUACCUCUAAGAUGUGUGGUCAGUUCAUGGCCGGUAUACCACAAGCAAUAACCCUUAUGCAAGAUUACGUCAUUUACUGAAAAUUCAUCAUUAGGCCUCGUUUACACUAAUCUUCUUCAUUAAUCUUUGCCACUUUCUAGUUGCUUUUCAAUUGGGUAUUCUUCUAAUUCUAGUGUUUUGGGAAUACUUUCCUUAUAAAAUUCACCAGUCCGCACCUUAAAAAGCGAGGCUUUGGGUGUGAAAUGAGGUAAUCCUACGUAAACAUCCAAAAGGCCUAAUAAUUAGGUUUCCCUAACGAGUGACUGUUACCCGGUUUUACUCCUAGUUGGAGAGAGGCACUGUGAUAGUAAAGUGUCUUUCUCAAGAACAUGAUAGAAUGACACGGCCAGGGCGGCGUUGUACAAGUAAAAUAGAAAUCUCGUUUAAAAUCAGGCUAUUAUUUCUUGAACCUUUCAGAAUUUGGCCAAAGUAGUUAAAAUACUCAGUUCUUUCUUUGAAAGGCUCGUGCCCCAGAUUCCACAGUCAUCAUUGUUGGAACACACUACGACAUGCUAGAGGACAAAGACAGAAGAUCAGAAUACCUGACAAACCUGAGAAGUAUGAUUUCUGAUAACUAUAUAGCUGUCGAAUACGGAGGAAAGGUUCUGAACACACGCGAACGAGGCUUGCCCAAGGUGAGAGCCAUGAUCGAGGUUAGCUGUAAGACUGGGUACCACAUCCGGGAAUUAAGGCAGCUGAUCUACAACACGUCUUUUGACAUUAAAGAGAAAGGUAAGUCAAACGAGUUUUCUGGACAGACAGAUUCUUGACGGAUUCUUGUUUAGUCGAACGAGGUCGAGGAGUUAAGAAAGUGAGAUCGUCGGGAAAUUUGAGUGUGUGGUAGUGGGCUUUAUCUUGGCCACUGUGAAAUUCUGAAAAAAAGAGGCGUGUAUGAGACUCUAUGGCAGAGAUCGUCUUUGGAAUCCAAACCAGUUCGAUUUUGUGCGAGUUGUUUCGAUACAAAACCCUCUUGCACAAGUGAAGAUUUUGACUAAAACUAGGCCAUGCCAAUCGAAGGAAGCAGUCGCUGAGACAUGUUCCCGCGACUUGUUGUCUGGGAUGUUCCUCUGAAUCAUGGCUCAUAUAUCAUAUCAUGGCUCAAUAGGUAGUCGCCUGCCUCUGCUAAAGACGCCCAUUCCUGCCAGUUACAUCGCAGUAGAGAACGCUGUGGGAGUGGUCCGUGAGAGGUGCUACCGUGACGACCAGACUCCGGUACUCAAGUCUGAACAAUUCAGGUAUUGAACAGAGUACGUCAUAGUAAUGUGGUGUUGAUUGUCUCGGGGUAACAUACAACUUCUCGCAUGUCACCGUAGCACGUGUUCCUUUGGCCAUCAGCUUAAGAAUUGAACCAGUUUUACUAGGUAUUGUCUCUUAAAGGGGAAACUUCAUUCUCCUCCGCCAUAUGGUUCUACAAGAGCUGUAUGUUAAAACUUUGUUUUGCUGAGGGUAGAUCAGAAGGAGUAAGUUUGGGCAAAGAGAGAGGAGAAGCAAGGGAGAGGGGGUCUUACGGUUAUCUUCUUCUCUAGAUAAAGUUGGGAAGCUGUUUCUUUUGUAGCGCUGCAGUUGAAGCUGAGCUGUCAAAGCAAAAUUUUCACCUUAGAGGACCAGAGGAAUUACAACAAGCUACAAGUUUCCUGCAUGACAAUGGUACGAAAUACUUACCAAGUUUGUUAGUGGAUACUGAACACAGUAAAAAAUAACUGGGUUGAUCCCUAGAAUUCUCGUCGUAUUGUACUACAGCUGUCAUGUUAGACUACACAUAACACUCUCGCAUGUCGUUCCAUAUAAAUUUUACGUAUAAAACGAAGAUAAGUGUGGACUAGCAUCUUAAACUUGACCCCAUAAAUCCCAAGUUUAUCGAAAUCUCAGAAGUUUCAGCCAUGUGAGUCUCUCUAGACUUGCUGUUCUGUUUCGUUUCUCAUUGUUGCCAUCUAAGAACACUUUUAAAAUCAGUUAAGGUGGUUUUAAUCAUAAACAAUUUUUUUAAAUCCUACGGGUGGGGAAACUAAGGUGGUUAUGUUGGAGAUUUUAAGGAUAUGAGAUGUUUAGGUUAAAAAAUCGUAAGGAUAUGAAGAAUCUGGGGAGAUGGGGGUAAUUUACGUGAUACCAGAUACUUAAAAAAAUAUAUGCCGGAUAUAUGUUUUUGCCAUCUUCCUUCAGGUGUUUUGUUACAUUACGACGACCCACUGCUGCGUGACUUGUAUUUUUUGGACCCUCAGUGGUUGUGUGACAUGCUUGCUCAUGUUGUAACGAUUAGGGAAGUCAACCCCCACAUAAACAAUGGUAAGCAUCGCUUGCGUGAUAUGAGAAUUAUCUGAGGCUACUGUUUUCGACUGGAAUGUUUCUUAAAAGGGGUCAAACAGAUUCCACGUUUAUCGAUUGCACUUCGUCGAAGAAUUUUUGGGUUGGUAAUUGCUAAGAUAGCUCUUGUACUUUGGAGCCUAUCAAGAGAGAACUACUCUAAAAAAGCUAGUGUCAAAGUUUGGAUAUAAGAAUGUUAUGAUAACUAAAAUUACAUGCAUAGAAAAGCAUGAAUAAUUGUUAGUUAUUUUUGUCUUUAUUCCGUUGCCUUUCUUGUUCAGGUGUCAUGAAGCGCUCCGACUUAUCUCAAAUUUUCCGAAGUGAACGAUUCCCUGCCAAUCUGAUGAGCCAAUACAUCAACCUGUUAAGCAAGUUUGAAGUGGCCCUGCCAUGGAGCCCUGAGUUCCUGCUCGUCCCAUCCCUACUCCCAGAUAGUCAGCAAGAAACUAACCUGCCUGUUGCGGCUGGCGUCAGCGCGGCAGUUGCUCAGGCCAUGAAUGUGACAGCUUACACUCAACCAAAGGUUCUGCGGAGACAGUACGUCAUGUCCUAUGUGCCGAGUGGCUUUUGGCCAAGACUGAUCACCAGGUGAGCUUUCACGAAUUUUUUACAGAGUAUACUCCCACUUUUGUGACUUUUUACAGCUUUCCACGCUUUUUGCCUUUGUACAUUCUCUUUCGCUGAGGACUACUGACAUUUUUAUCUUGCAUUAUUAUUCCCUGUUGACGUUUUUCUACGUUAAAAAAACUGCUUACACUUUUAUCCUACGCUUUUCGAUGCUAACAGGUUCACCCGCCUUUACUUUACUUUACUCACAGAUUGUCCCGUUCUAUGCAUGGCAUACUCUUUUCCCGCCCUUGGCGCCACUUAAAAAUUUUCCGUGCUUGUCGCUUCUUACGUAUUUUCCCGUGCUUCACACCGCUGACGUAUAUUCCCGCGCUUCCCUCUGCUUACUUCCUGUUCUUGGCACUGCUUGCAUAUUUUCCCGCGCUUUGCUGUGCUGAUAAAUUUUUUUGGUGCUUGUAGUGCUUACAAAUUUUUCCCGCCUAUGGCACCCUAUAUGUUUUCCUACAUUUCCACGCUUAGAACCGUUAACACGUUUUCGCGCACGUGGCACUACUUGCAUGUUUUUACCACGCUUGGCACUGCGUACUUUUUUUCCGCGCGCUUAACAUUGCUAACUUAUUUUCUCGCGUCUAGUACUAUUUACAUGUUUAUCUCGGGUUUACAUCAUGUUUCCCCCACUUCCCAAAAUUGUCUAUCAUCACAUUUCCGCUCUUCUGGCGUCGCCCAAAUAAUGAAGACGGAAUAAUUUCGGUGUUAGAAUUCUAGAAAAACGUCUUGAUAUGUAACGUGUUUUAUCAGAGUAAUUCCAGAUGAACGAAUCCGCGAUACAGUCAAGUCAUGUUGUCAACUGUCUCCUGAUGGCCCAGUACAGGAGGGUGACAGAGACAAACUAACUUCUGUGGCUCAACCAGAGUGGUCAUGCUGGAAGACUGGAAUUGAACUGUCAUGUUUUGGAGUGAAAUUGCUAAGGAUAUGUGAACUGGAAGGAAGACCUUUUUAUGGUGCACCAGGUGAGCAGAAAAAAAAUAAAGCCAUCAUUUGCGGAGACAUUCCCACUAGUAAUUGAAUUUCAUUUAAACAUUUAGCCCUUCACUCCCAGGAGUGACCAACAAGUAAUUUCUCCUUAAACUAUAAAUAAAAACCAGGGAUUCUUCUUCAAUCUACCACAAAAUUCUAAGGGCUGAAAUUGAAGGAAAUUUUCGGUAGAUAGAAGGGAGAAUUUAAUUUGAGAUCAGGGGGAGUGGAAGGGUUAAACCCAUGGCUCAAGGUAGAUCUCGUGUGUCUCGUAGGUGAGUCAUUGUUAACUUUUCUUGUUAAUGUUUCGCAAAAUAGCAUUCUCAUCAGCAUGCCAAGUUACGAAGCGAGGGAAUUCUGAUAAAAUCACAAAUUAUUUCAAAUUAAAAAAAGAAAAGAAUUACUGUAUUCGUGAGUAUGUGAGGGCAGUACUGAAUGGAAUAUCACCUGUCAUAAAUUUCGCAAUUUCUGGAUGGCAAUAGUGUUAAUGAACCGUUACAUUUUCGAGAUUUCUCAGUCCUUUCUAGCAGAAAGGAGGCCGUGAAUUCUGAAUCAGAUCAUCAAGAGGUCUUUCGAGCCACCUAAUGGUUGUUCUCCUCAAGUCGUUACCUUUCAUUCGUAUGAACAGUGGAAAAGGUUUAUGGAAGUUACUCGCAUACUCUUGAUGGAAACCUGGUGCAAUCCCUGCUUUAUAUUUAGUGCUACCUAGUUCCUUGAUGAAUAUUAGAAAAAGACUAGUGAUCUUAAGGUAAUACUCAUGGCUCGUCAGAGGCCCAGGCCUUCAGCGGUAUUCGAACUCUGGACCUUCCCGAUGCUCUCUUCCUAUUGAGCUUUGAGAACACGCGCAGGCAGCCAGAUGCACUUUCAAAACACUGCUGUGGAUAGUCGUGUAUUGUAUUUGAUAAUUUCCUUCUGUCUUAGAUGACAUGGCCAAUCCGUUGCAUUACCGCCGCGAGGUACACGACACCACUCGUUAUUCCACCAUUGAAGUUCUAACGCCGUGUGUUCGCAUAAGAAUGGAAAAGUUUGAACAACGAAAGAAAAUUACAUCGAAAAGAACGAGCCUAAGGAAGGCUGGAGAAGGUUUGUAGUUGUCUAUUUCCCAGUCCUAUAUAUUUUGCUUCGGUCAAUCUGCUUUAUCUUCUUUGCGGUGUUAAAAUACUAGUUAUGGCGUACUAUGAAGUUUUGCUCGCGGGCGGGAAAAAUUGAACCGGUGGCAUUUAGAAGUUGAAUUCGCGCGAAACGCUAAUACAUUAUGCAGACGCUGGAACACUAUGUCCACUUAACACUUGAAAACGACCUCACCGGAUGCUUGUAUUUGUUUGUGAUUGGUCCAAUGCUCUGAAGAUUUAACAUAUUUACAGUUGCUCAGUAAAUUAUGAUUUAAUGUUGUAUUCACAGAUCGCCGAGAGGGAUCAAAGCUAAUCGGAUUUAAAGUCAAGUCUGUUUCAGACAGUAGCAUCCAGUCUGCUGCUCGGUUGGUUGCUAUCGCUGUGGAACACAUGGACACGCUCAUCACCGACUGGUUCCCAGGACUUGAUGCAAUCACAGUGCAAGGAAAUCGCCUGGUUACCAGGAUCAUUCCGUGCCCCAAGUGCAUCAUGACCGUAUGCGGGAACGAUCGAGCCGAGUAUGAAAAGGAAAGAGAUAAUGUACCGCCUGAUGUGCUUUUGACGCAAUCCUCAGGGCAGGAUAGCGGCAUAAAUUUGUCUGCGACUGACGGAAGUAGUACGAGUGCUUCUCCAUGGCCGAGCCCUGUGCACAUUUCAAGGAGACCUGAAGCUAAUGGAGAAGGUAUGAAUGGAGGGAAAAUUGAGCCACAGACUAGAUAAUAAGCUACUCAACAAUUUGUGGGUGCCUAAUCUUUCCUCGAUAAUCUUUUUUUUUUAUCGGCGGCCAUUCUUGUUCAUGUUUGCGCCUUUGGAUCUUCCCUGGGUCUCGUAAGAUUAGAACCAAACAAAUCACAACGGUCAAUAAGAGCAAAGGGAAAAUUAGGAGCCAAUGAAAACUCGAAAUAAAAAAUGUGUAUUGUGCCUUGCGCGUAAAAAAACGCGAGUGACCAAGUCACGAGAGGUUUUGCUUUUGCUUCUAAUUGGUUAAGAGGGUGGCGCGAGAUUAAUGGACCAAUCAUAAAGCGAAGCAAAGGAAAGCCAAUGCAUUAUGGCAAUUCUAUACACACCCGAUUAAAAAUUGAUCUUAAGAGUUUCUUUCGUUAGAGGACUGAAAAUUACAUUACGAGGCUCCUUUAAGCAAACAAAACGACGCCUUCGUAGGCACCGUAAAAGCAACUCUCAAUUCCCCAACAUUAAGUUGCGUAUUUUCUUUACCGUUUCUAUGGUGCUGACCAGGAGAGUUUGUCGAACAAUUAAGAACUUCUUAAGGUGGCGUUCAUUUUGUUUUGUUGUCAUGUCUUUUGUGUUUGAUUCAGCAGCGAUACUGUAAGGUUGAAGAGCUAGGUUUCAAGUCGGGUGUGAUUACUGAAGCGCCAAGAUGGGUUUUUUUGACCUUUUAGUUCUAUUGCCUACGCGCUUCAAUGAUGGAACUUUAAAAUCUGUCAAGUGAAGGCGGCCAUGUCAUAUCAAGAUUCCCCUAUGAUACGGAUAACAUUUCGAUAAAAUUUUCUCCUGCUACUGUGCUAUCCAAAACUCUCCUAGUGGCAAAGUGUUGACGUUCGCCCUGUUACUCCGUUGAAAGGUUUCAAUUACACAUGCGCGUAGGUUAAUUACAUUAAAUCUGGAGAUAAAUAAGCAUUUCACAAUUCACUUCGUUAUUUAUCUUUAUAGACAACUCGCUGUCGCAGAGCGUGGACUCCUCUGAUAUACAGCAGGGGCAAAGCUAUAGCAGUCCUAAGUUCCCUUCUCGUGACAGUUUUCACUCGGAGCCCGAGAGAUUCACGUUUGGGUAUGUGAGCACUGAGAGAGAGACUGAGGAAGAGAGUUCAAGUUGUUUUGAUUACACUUCGGAUCAGGUGAGAGAAUUUUCCUGACUGCAUGCAUUUUUGUUUUGUAGAGUGGUAAGGAAAAAACGAGAAUACAGGAAACUUUGCCAAGUGAUUAACCCAGACUCCUGAAUCUCACUGGAGUUUUUUCUCAUUUAGUGUUUCUCAUGGUUUAUUCUUUAGCUCUGAUUAGCCAUUGAGAUAUUUUUUACCUACUUUGGUUUUCAAUUUAAGGAUGCUCGAUCGAAAAGCGCUCGAAUUGCUUGUUACAGAAGAAACUGUUUUCCUUAUUUUCAGAGCACGGAUAGUCAUGGUAGUGAAAGCAGCCAAUCAUUUUCUCCAGAGAUGGGUGGCAGGAGAAGGAAGCAAUCCGGCAAAGGACGCAGGCAACUGAGGAGUAGUGACAGCGAGGAAAGUGACGUCACUGAUAUGAACUCUAAGUCCAAGAAGUCGGACGAAACCAAUCAAGAAGAACCCAACAAAGGUGCAGACGGUGAAUCGAGAAUAUUUUCAUGUGUAAUAGUAAUUCUUUUGACGCCGCAGGACGUUAACGUUGUUUCCGUUCAACGAAAGUGACUGAAAUCGCAAACCACGCGGGUUUCUUCUGGUGUAACAACUCGCCACCCCAAAUUCCCUCUAAAAUACCAAAGCAGGUUAAUAAUUAGUCUCCUUCGCGGCCUUCGGGAUAUACUGCGAGUUAUCUCUCCUUUUCGGCAAAGUCGGUCGCUUGAAGUCUACCAUUGGAAUGUCGCGCGAUGUGCCCAAAAUAUCGUUUACGCCGUGAGAUAUCCCAGAGUGCGGCUGCAAAGGCGACAAACUAACAAAUGGUUUAUUGUACUCUGUCUAAUUUCUUUUUUUUUGUUUUCCAUAUUCAGCAGGGAGCACCGACAGCGCUGAAAGCUUUCAACGUGGUUCCGGUAAAUACGGCUCGUUCAGGAAGCGACCCACCGAAGAUGACACAAUCAUUUAUUCAUUUGAGUUCGAAGAAUGUGUGCUAGCUGCUUACAACACUGAGCCCGUGGAGUGCACCCUUCACGGUCAGCUGGGUCUCAAAGAGCUAGCUCCAGAUGCUGUAAGUGUUUUUGACACCAUAAGAGCUUGUCCUUUAACCUUUUAACCCCUAAGAGUGACUAGCAUCUAAUUUCUCCUUACAAUAUCACCUUUGAAUCGAUCUUUAAGUUAACAAGAAUAUAGGAAAUGGUCACUUACUCAAGAGGCUCUUGCUUACUAAACGAAAUCUCCUUGUCAGCGCCGUAGGAAAUGUAUAGAGGACAGUCGGGAGAAUAUGCAUACUGAUGUUAGGGUGUUAAAGUUUAAGUAAUUUGCUAUUGUAUUUAUUGUUUUACGCUUGACAGUGAGAGCAUAAGCAACUAGUCAGUGUCUUUUCUUUCUUUUGAUUAACAUGGCUAGAUUUUCACUCAAUUUUGACGUAUUCUAAGUUAUUUUUCUAUCGUUUACAGAUGUUCGAAGACAUAGCUCCUAACAUGAACGUUCAGGCAUCCGACAUAACUAAAGGCAAAUUCUUAGGCAAAGGAACGUUUGGCUCAGUAUUUCGCGGGGAGCUGAGGCAGGAAUCCGGGAACUCGAUAACUAUCGCCAUGAAGAUGCCGCUGAACAACGAAGUGGGCGAUGAUGCAUCAGCGGAAGAAAAGCAAAUGGCUGCAGCGGCUAUGAGAGCGCUGAAAGAAAAUCCAACGAUGACAUUGAAUGAUGCUUACAGGUGAGAAGACAGUGUGACUUUUAUCUUUUUUUUUAUUACUCAGUGAGAAGCGUCGCCAUUAAAAAGUAAAUCGUUACAAAUCUCAUCCGAAGAGAAGCUGAAGGUGGAUCAGUUAAUUAAGGGUUGUUCAGAUGGAUUAAUAGAAAAAUUAAACAAGACUUCCUUUUAAUGUGAAGUUUGAUUGAGAUUCUACCGAGUUACACCAUUGCCAAGAGAUUACAUACCCUCCCUCCCAACCUAUGGGGUUCUACUGGGGAAUCAUAGUUUGUACUACGUUUAAAAGCCCAGCUUAUGAUAAUCAGCCGCUUUAAGUCAUUCAAAACCUGAGUUGAAGCAUACGUUAGUUAUCUCUUGUGAACCUGAAGGCACUGUUAACGAGGUCGAUUUGGUCUCACUGAUCCUUCAAGUGCUUGACGAACUGACUAAUUAUAGUUGACUGACUGGCCUCCUGACUGACCAAAUCACCGCCUGAAUCGAAUUUUGACAUCGAUCUGGACGCUGUUGGUCCUUCAGGUGAAAACAAAUUAUAAGUGCCCCCCCCCCCCCCUUCCUCCAACGGAUAGUACCGCACAAUUAAGGUUCACUGUUACUGAUCUUGAUUGACUUACUUAUUACUUAUUGACACAGAAAGCUGGCUGACUGACUGACUCGCUGGCUCGGUGACUGCUAACUUAGAGACACUGACUGACCAAAGUUUUGGCUGGCUAAUGAGUAUACUCUCCGUAGCUGACUGAGUGGCUAUCGUACUGACGCGCUGACUCAUUGACCAAACUGGCUGACAGUCUGACCAACCAAGUAACUGCCUGAGUGACUGACUCACCCUGACUCCAUCAGCGAUAGAAUGGCAAACUAACUGACUAGCUGACUGUCUGACUUAGCGACUAACAGACAAACUUAAUCUUGAUUUAUCGAUCGAUUGACUGAUUGAUUGAUUUGUGAAUUUAUUACAGGACCGUUCGUCAGGAGAUGUCCAUUCUCCUUCCCUUGAAGCAUAAUAACAUCGUGUCGUUGUUAGGAUACUGUCUAAACCCUUUCAGCAUGAUUCUGGAGUUUGCGCCGCAAGGGGCUUUGGACGGAAUUCUUGCUAAUUAUAAGAGAGUUGGAGUCAGGCUGAAUGCUUUCGUCAUGCAGAAAUGUAUUGUGCAGGUACAAAUAUUAACGAGAUAAUUUUCAAAUUGAAACUUAUUUAAUUACAUUUUAGUUUUAGAAGUUUUUAUUUUCGUUCAUAUCUUCUCACGGGCCUAGGUACCAACCCCCCAUGUAAAGUGUACCCCGUUUCCCAUAUCACGAAGCGACAUGUACCUAGUACCUGAUAUAUAUUCGGGAGAAGGGGGGGGGGGUAUUUGAGUCAAUUUUUGUUGGGUAUAUGACGUUGGCCUAUUUUAGUCUAUUCUUUGGCAAAUUACAGAUCCCACCUUAGUUGGUGGCAACUUUUUAAUCGUGAAUCUUCCCAUUUUUAAAUCCCUGCUUACCAUAAUUGAUUUACCCCCAAAAUCCCAAAAAUGUGCGACCCUAUUUUAGUAAAUGUUUCGAAAAUGGAACUCACCCUAGAAAUUCUAUUGAAAAUGCAACCCCAUUAUAGUCAAUGAAGUCAUGAAAAUGAGACACCAUCCAACGGUACAUCUCCAUUAGCCCACUACUGAGAAGUACCCCCCUCCCCCAUGUAUAUUCCAGAAGGUGAAGAUCAUGUUAUGGGAGAGGAGUGUCUUGCUCAAGACCCUCAAUGCAACAGGUCCAUGACAUCUCCCAUUAUCUAGAAUUAUGAAUGCAAUUCCCACAUGAAGCAAACACACUGCGUUACGCGGUCAAUAUCUCACAUCCCAAAUUUUUAAUCGUAAUCGUAAUCGUACGGUUUUUUAUUCAGUGGAAACCUGCUUAGAGCCGACGUGGACAGCAACAUUAGAUCACAUUUUCUUUCCUCCCUAAGUGUUAUCUUGUCCGCCUGAAACAGCCAGAUCUGAUAGGUCCGAUUGCAUUUUCUUCCUUUUUUUUAAUUUUUUUUUUCGGGCUUUUUAACAAUUUUAGUUUCAACCGCUGUCGCGCAAUUUACUUAACCAGUACUCAGCCUGCUUCAAACAGUUUCACUGUAAUUCAAAAGUUUCCCUUCACCUUAUCAAGUUUUUUAGAAUUACAAAAUGCACGUUUAUUUUCAUCAUUAGUGUGCUUCAGCAAUUAAAUACUUACAUCGCCACCACAUCAUUUACCGUGAUCUCAAAUCGGAGAACAUUUUGGUGUGGGUGUUUCCAGCCCCCCUCAGUGCGGGCAUAUCACAUCAUCAAGUCGUUAUAAAGCUGGCCGACUAUGGAAUCAGCCGGUCAGCGGCGCUAGCAGGAAUGAAGGGACUGGGAGGCACUCCUGGUUUUAUGGCCCCCGAGAUCGAAAAGUACGUCGGGAAGGAGCUUUACACGGAUAAGGUGGACUCGUUUUCCUUUGGAAUGUACAUUUAUGAACUAGUCACGCUGCACCAGCCGUUUAAUGAUCUCAACCCAGCUCAGGUCAAACAGCUUAUCGUUGAGGGUCAUCGACCGCCACUUACUACCAAGGUAUUUAAUCAUCUUAGUUUAUUAGAGCAAUUUUUAAUUGAAUCUCGAAAGUAAUCCAAAGUUGCUUCGGUUUUGCUUUAUUUCGUGAUGUGAUUGUUCUAGGAAACUCGCCCAACUAUUUCAACCAAUCAGAAUCAAAACUAAAAGAAAUCGCGACUUGGUCAUCCGCGUUUUUCCGCGCUUCAGACAGUUUGCUUGUUUUUACUUUGAGUUCUCAUUGGCUCAUGGUGAUAUUUUCCUUGUUAUGAUUGGCUGUUCUGGUCUCUUUGGUUUUGGUUCUCGACUAGGGUAGACAGAAUUAGCCAGUUCAAUUUAGUAUCGAAAUGCUUCUGAAUUUUGUUGGUUAGGCUUUCCUUCCCUUUGUGAUUGGUUGUUGAAAUUCGUGCUGCCUUCUCAACCGAUCAGAUACAAGACUAAUACCAUUCGAAAUUUUCGUUUUCCCGCGCUUCUGGUGACUGUCUUUUCUCGCUGCUUGUUUGUUCUUGAAUUUAAGUUUUUAGGCUCCUUGUAACGUUUGCCUUCAUUCUGGUGAUUGUGAUCACUUUGCUUUUGGUUUCACAAAAAAUUUCGAAAUGCGCAGUAACAUUAAGAGCAUCUAUAUGGGGAACGGUUUACCCUUUUGUAGGAUAAGAAAGCUCCAGUGUUUGUGCUCGACCUGAUGGCGUGGUGCUGGCAACAAGAAGCGGACAAGAGACCCCCGUCUCAUCACAUCUCACAACUGUCUUCUGCAACAGAAUUUCCUCGCCUCUCUGACGUCAUCACUUUCGACAAACAGGUUUGUUGAUCAAGGGUUUUUCAUUGUUUCCACUUCUUGAAAAUGAUGGCUCGAAUUUUUUCAAUUUUGUUAUUUCAAUUCUCUUCUCUUUUUGGUUUAGUUUUUUCUCUUUGUCGUUUUUUUUACCCUUGGAAAAAUACUUUUCCACUUUUUCUUUUUGUUUAAAGGAAAUUUUAUGCAUAAAAAAAAUCGAUCACCUUAAAGUGUUAAACGAUUAAACGGAUACUCUCACAACCAUCGGAGAAAAUUUCUUAUGUGCUUAUCUUCUCUGGAAACUAUGGGGUUGCCCAAAGCAAUAAGUCUUUGUACCCGUUGUGAUGGUAAGCUCUCAGACAUAAAUAGUUGUGACACUCCUUUGAACACCACUUGGACUACUCUUUUCCCCUCUCCGGACCCCUUCCGAUGUUGUCAAUUACCAUUUUGUGAGCGGUAUAUCGGCAACCAACAUUGACAGGGUUGCGGGAAGGCAACAAGUGGCCAAACAAAUAUCGAUUUUUGUUUAAAUUUACUUAUUUAUUUAUUAUCGUUGACGUGCAGCGUUUUCCAAGUUUGUUUAUUCUUCUAUUUUUGUUAACAGCUGGGCUUAAACUGUGCUGUCACUGCAGGGUCACGAAUUAGUCAAAGCCGCGGGGCGGACGACAGGGCUAGCGUGGGGUCAGAGGUCUGGCUGUGUCGGAGCGAGCUGAAUGCAGGGAUAGGGAUGGGGAAAAUUAGUGUCCUUGGCUACAGCCGAGGGCGGUGCUAUCACAAAAAGGUAAAUGUAUGUGAAAAUGCGAUGCUGAUUUUCAACUUGGUAUGAGUCUGUCAAACCGGACUAGGGAAGGGUUCAGAUAGCAGAGUAUCAUCCAGCGACUAAUUGCACUGAAUGUAAAUACUACUUCAUAGAUUUUGAGUUGAGUGCUCGCUCGGGUGACUGAAAUUGAAGUUCAGUACUAUCCAAUAAAGCAAUUUACAAUUGUGUGUCGCUAGUAAUCGGGAUUGCUUUCUUUUUGUUUCACUUUGUUUUAUGAUUGGUCCAAAAAAACUCGCACCAUCCUCUUGACCUAUCAGACUGAUGCAUAACUAAAAGCAAUCGCGUCUUGGUCAUUCGCGCUUUAAACUGUCUGCUUGUUUUCCCUUAGAGUUCUCAUUGGCUAAUGAUAAUAUCAACCGUUGUUCUGAUUGGUCGCUGAGAUAACUGGUUUUGGUAUUCUGAAAACUGCUCUGACAAGCAAUUCAAGGUCAGAGAUUGUGUGGCAGUGAUUCACAUGUAGGCCAUCAAGAAGGACCCAUUUCGAGCGAAUACUUUUCAUCAUAAACUGUGGGCAGCUUGCAAUCUACUUCUCUUAAUUUGUAUUUGUUAUUUAUUUCUCAGGAGUUCUUUGUAGGCAAAUCCUGUAUUCGGGUUGCCUGUAGCGUGGGUAGUACGGUGUGGCUUGGGACCGAGUCAGGCACACUGCACGUGUUUUGUGCGAUGACCUAUAAACAGCUGUGUCAAGGAUCAAUCAAGUCCAACAGGUGUUUAGCAUGAUUAUCUCUCUCGUAAUUUUUUAAGUAUUUUUCUACCAUUCAUUCAAAACAUGACAAAAAGACAAGCUCAUUUUUUUUUUCGUUUUGUUUUUUUUACAACUACACACUGUUAGGCUACUCACACUACUCGCUAUCUAUAAUAGAAUAGUGAGUAGCGUAGCCAAUUAGAUUGCAGCAUUUUGUGAUAGAACGUUAGUAGAUAUGAAACUUAUUUAGGAUAAUCGACCUGUUGAAAAAAUUAUUGUAUCAUAAACUGAUAAAGAAAACUGGGAUUUAUUCUGUGACGAAAGUUUAUUCUUCAAAACAUUCCAGGCUCAACAGAUCCUUAUUUUAAACAGGUACAUCUUAAGCAUGAUCCACGUCCCCCGAGCGAACUGGGUUCUAGUGGCGCUUGCAGAUGGCUCUGUUCUGGCCUACAAUGAUAAUAUCUCAAAUCACUAUCACUAUCAUUACACUCAUAAGUCGGAACAAACUCCUGUUCUCGAGCUCCUACCAAACCGGGUCCACACCGGUGAUGGAAUUCCCAUUCAUUGCAUCGCAGCCUUGAUACUGAGGAAACCCCAGGAUAAUGAACCUCCACGGAACGCCGGGGCAGACUCGUCCGAGGACUCUGAUGAACGAAACAGCCCCUGUGACGAGUACGUCUGUGAGGUUUGGUGCGGAAAAGAAAGAGGGACGUUAACAAUUCUCGACGGUGAAGACAUGGAGGAAAUUUGCACCAAAUCAGCCGAAGACAGUGAACCGGAUUCGUCUUCACAAAGAGAACACAGUGUAUCUCAUCUUGAGACAUGCCAGGCCACCGGCUCUACCAUCAGUGGAGAUAGUCCCUCGGGGAGGUCCGUGUGGGUGGCUUUGUUCCCCGGCACUCGCGUGUACCGAUGGGACGCUCUAGAGAAGAAGAUUGUGCGUAGUGUUGAUUGCUCACAGUAUCCACCGAGAUUUGAAGGUUCAAAACCGAAAGCCCCUGUUAGGAGAGGCGCAGAUCCAAAUCCUUUGAGCCGUAAGUAGCGAAAAACUAAGAUCCGUAAUCAAUAAAAUUAAUGCAUCAUUUCGUUUACAGUAGAGUCUGGUUUUUUUUUUUAUAUCAAGUUGUCCUGAGAGUUUGCCUAAACCUCCUUGGAGAACGUCUCAAGAUUUGCACAAAUUAAGCUGUUUAUUUUUUUGUCACUAGCUUCUCGUGCUCAAGUGAACUCCCUCCUCGCAGUAGACAAAGAAUUGUACAUCGGCACAAGCUAUGGCUGCAUUCUUGUUUGUAAUAAUAUCUCUCUUAUGGUAUAUACUAUAAUACGCUGCCAUGACGAGUCUGUUAAACACCUUCUUCCCUUGGUAACCACGCCUGUCGUUCCUUCACGUGGUGAACAGGCGAAGGCACUAGUACUGAGUUGUGGGCGAGGUUAUCGCAGUCUUGGCGCCAGUCUCUACGGUCACGCAUCGUACCCGAGUCGUCGAAGCAAAAAGACUUCCUUAAAGGACGAGUCUGUUGUUUUAGUCUGGCUUGCAGACGUCUGGGAAAGUUGAUGUAGGAGAAUUACCAUGGUAAUGAUAAAUCCUGUUUCAGAAGUAGGAAAUAUUUGUUCAGAUAUAUGAGCCACUUUAAAAUAACCGUAAAUGAAGAGGCUAACAUAGCUGAUCAUUAGUUAUGAUCGUUGCAUUACUCGCGUGACCUACGCGCGUGGGAAUGGAUCCUGCUUCAACUGUCCAAUGAAUUAAAAGAUUUAUCCUCUCUAGGAAAAAAUAUUCUAAGAAAGGAAGUUAAUGGUCCAGAUAAUGCACAUCGAAAAUUUGAAAUAAUAAUAGUAACUCUUUUAGAUCUUUUAAUUCCUUGAAGUGCAACUCAUCUUAUCAAAAAAUAGAACAUUAACUUUUCAUCUGAGAUGUAUGUAUGACAAUCGGUUUAUGGGGUACCAAAAACUAUAACAAGAUCGAUCAAUUAUAAAUUCAAAGGAAAUUUUUAGGAAACGAAAGUUCAUGAGACUAUCAUGUGGAAAAUUUUGUCGCCGAAUCUUCGCUUUAAAAGAAAAUCGAUAGCUUAAUAAAUGAAUGUAUGGUUGAAAAGGGGCCAAAAGCUCUUAUUUAGGCGAUGAAAUCGAGCGUCUUCAAAAUUGUGUAUUUGUGUAUUAAUUGUGUGCAGUUUUGGUCUAAAAUCAUACGUUUGAUUCGAAAUCGAUCUCGCUCGGUGCACUCGGUUACAAUUCAAAAUAUGUAUGAAUUCGGACUAUGUUGCACUCCACUAGACUUAACUACAAUUACAAAUGGUGAUUAUUUUGGAGCAGGUACUGAUUUUGUGUUUAGAUUAAUAUUUGCUGCUUUUUCACGUUUUCAUUCGCCAUCCUAAGAACGGGCCUUUUAUGAUGUUUUCAUAACUGAUUAUAACAUUGAUUGAUCGAAGUUUUACUGCUUGAGCGUGUCCUGCGCGUGGGAAUUUUGUAUCCAUCAUUCUAUGUUUACAUGGGGGUAUGAUGUAUAUGUUAUAUUUAAGAUUACGAAAUUAUUUUCAUAAUCAUCACUUUUAGUCCUUUACUGGUUGUUGAGAUCGACACUGAGUUGUCUUUUAAUCACAGGUUGUUGAAAAUACACUUAAGUAUAUUCAUGAUUAUUAAUUAGUAAAAUCGAUAUUAAAUUGUAAUCUACUUCUCUAAAGAAUUAUACAAUAUAUCUGUAGUAGUUUGAUAGAUUUAACUGAAAAAUGAAUCUAUAUAUGCAAAAUGGUCAAUGAUCAUAAGUGUAUGCCUGACUAUUAGGAUUAAAUAUCAAAAUUAGUUGAUUAGAGUCCCAUAGGCGAGCUGUCUGGAAAUUUAGGACGUUGUGAAGAGGCUGGAGCUGACUCUUCAGGCGAGAGUUUGUUCUUUCCUCUUUUUUCUUUCGUAAUCGUUCUGGACUAUGAAUGUCUUUAUUUCUUCGGGGUUUGUAUCCUGAAAAUCGAUUGCAGUUGUUACCGAGCGAGUAAACGAGAGAAUAAGCGCAAUGGGUGUUGGGAAAAGAGUUGCUCGCAGUUUUCUCUCUCUCCUUCCCAUGCUUCUCGCGUUUUGCUCCCUCGAUUGUGUCACUCGCAGGUUUUGGACGGAAAAGAGAUUAAAACUGUGAAUAGCUAGCGGAAUACGGCGACCGAAAUGCUAUCAGACCUAGCUUUUGCCAAAUUUCUUUUGUGAUAGAAUUUAUAGUUUCAGUGGUCUCGCCAGAGGUUUUCCAAGUCAAUGAACGCAGGUUAUCAAUGAAACGUGAGAAAACUGGUCUAAUCCGAGUAGAAAUAACCACUAUCGACUUUCGAUAUCCUUACUUCUUGAAAGGUUUUAAAGGAAGAUUGAUUUUUAAAAUCCUCUUUUAACACAGUUUUAUUAUCUUGAUUCAUAUUCCAGAUGUGGUAAUUUUAAUAUUUUUAUAUUUUCGAUCAUUAGUUGAUAUAUAUUUUACAUUCGUUUCCAAAUAUUUUAUAUAUUUUUUCAUUGAAAGAUUUAAAUCCACUCAAAUUUACUGUUUAGUGUAGGUAUGUAUUCUAUUUAAUUUCAAAAAGUCAUCUAUCUGUCACAUUCGAU